AAACAAGUGUUUACAGGAAUGAGGUCUUGGAGAGCAAGGAAUCGUUUGACCUUGUUUUGUGGUCUGCUGCUGUCCCUCUCCACUAUUUGCCCAUGGCCCGCAAACGGAGAAAUCUGUGGUCCAGCCAUCGACAUUGGAAACGAAAUCAGCGAUUUCAAGAAACUGGAGAACUGUACGGUGGUUGAGGGCUACCUGCAGAUUCUUCUUAUCGGAGGCAAGAACAACAACAAUCAGGAGGUCUUCCGCACCCUCAGUUUUCCCAAGCUGACCAUGAUUACAGACUAUCUUCUCCUCUUCCGUGUUGCUGGUCUGGACAGCCUGAGCACCCUUUUCCCGAACCUUACGGUCAUCCGAGGCCGCAAUCUCUUCUACAACUAUGCCCUUGUCAUAUUUGAGAUGAACAACUUGAAGGACAUUGGCCUUUACAGCUUACGGAACAUCACUCGAGGCGCAAUACGGAUCGAGAAGAACCCGGAGCUCUGCUACUUGGAUUCUGUUGACUGGUCCCUCAUUAUGGAUGCUGAUUUUAACAACAUCAUUGCGGGAAACAAGAAGGCCAAAGAGUGUGGAGAUGUCUGCCCAGGGAUCAUGGAGGACAAACCGCUAUGUAUCAAGACCACCUUCAACGAUAAUAGCAGGGACCGCUGCUGGACCUCCAACCACUGUCAGAAAGUGUGUCCGAAAGAGUGCGGGCAGCGGGCGUGCACAGCCAACAACGAGUGCUGCCACCCUCAGUGCCUGGGCAGCUGCACAGUGCCUAACAGUGACAGGGCCUGUGCUGCCUGCCAGCACUACUACCAUGAGGGCAGCUGCGUGCAGGACUGCCCCGCAGACACCUACAAGUUUGAGGGCUGGCGCUGCAUCACCAUGGACCUGUGCUCCAGAGUCCACCUGCCCGACUACGACCGCUUCGUCAUCCACGGAGGAGAGUGCAUGGCGGACUGCCCGCCAGGAUUCACCCGCAAUGAGAGCCAGAGCAUGUUCUGCAGUGCCUGUGAUGGCUUAUGUGACAAGAUCUGCGAUGGAAAAGUGAUUGACUCUGUAGAUUCUGCACAGUCGCUAAAGGGCUGCACUGUUAUUAAAGGCAACCUGCACAUCAACAUCCGCCGUGGCAAUAACAUAGCAUCUGAGCUGGAGAACUUCCUAGGCCUCAUCAAGACAGUGACUGGAUAUGUGAGGAUUCGUCAUUCUCACACUCUGGGCUCGCUGUCCUUCCUCAAGAGCCUUCGUUAUAUCAACGGAGAGGAGCUCUAUGACGAACUGUAUGCCUUCUCUGCGGUGGAUAACCAGCACCUCCAGUUUCUGUGGGACUGGUCACAGCACAAUCUGACCAUCUAUACAGGGAAGCUCUUCUUCCGAUUCAACCACAAGCUGUGCAUGUCUGAGAUUCGCAAGAUGUGGCUGAAUACAGGCAUCAAGGAGAAGUUCGUUGAAGAAGACUUCCGGAAUAAUGGAGACCGUGCAAGCUGUGAAAGCAAAAUCCUGAAGUUCAUCAACAAUAGCACUCGGAGUAACAUGAUAACAUUGAUGUGGGAGCGUUAUCGACCGCCAGACUACAGGGACCUUGUCAGUUUUGUAGUGUACUACAAAGAAGCGCCUUUUCAGAACAUCACCGAGUUUGAUGGUCAGGAUGGCUGUGGAUCCAAUAGUUGGAUGACGGUAGAUGUGGACUUGCCCCAGGACGAAAACAAAAACCCUGAAAUCCACCUGUCUGGCCUCAAGCCCUGGACACAGUAUGCCAUCUUUGUGAAGGCUGUCACAUUGGUGGUGGAGGACAAAGACAGACACAUUCUCGGGGCUAAGAGUGAGUUGGUGUACAUUCAGACGAAGCCUUCAGCACCCACAAUGCCUGUCGAGGUCCGCGCCUACUCUAACUGGUCCACAAGUCUGGUAGUCCGAUGGUCUCCUCCUGUGUCUCCUAAUGGGAAUCACACCUACUAUCUACUUCGUUGGCAACAGCAGGGGGAAGACCGUGAACUCUACCAACACAACUACUGUUCCAAAGAACUAAAAAUUCCCAUCAGGAUGCCAGCCACAGGGGUAAUGGACAUCACAGAGGACACGAUGCCCACCAAUCCAGACUCAGUGGGACGAGACAAAACCCCUUGCUGUCCAUGCCCCAAGACGGAAAAGGAGCUGAAACGGAUAGAUGAUGACACUUACUACCGCAAAGCAUUCGAGAACUUCCUCCACAAUUCCAUCUUCAAGCCCAGGCCUCAUGACCGACGGAGGAGGGACCUGUUUGGUGUGGCCAAUGCCACGUUCAUCCACACCCUGCUGGGGCCUAAUGGUAGCUUAUCAGAGGGCAACUUCUCCCACCCGGAGCAUCCCAGGUGGGAAUUCUCCUUCUUUGAGAGGAAGGUGAAGGAGAGGAACGCUGAUAUAAGUGACUUGCAGCCCUUCACAGUCUACCGCAUCGACCUGCAUGCCUGCAACGAGGAGGUCCAGCAGUGCAGCGCCCCCUCCUUCGUCUUCUCCAGGACCAAACCGGCUGACAAAGCAGAUGACAUUCCUGGCCCAGUGACGUGGGAAGGUCAGGAGGACACGGUCAUUCUGAAGUGGCCAGAGCCAGUCAGGCCCAACGGCCUCAUCCUGCUCUACGAGAUCCAGUUCCGCCUGGGCGCCGAGCUGGAGAAGCAUGAGUGUGUGUCACGUCAGCACUAUAAGGAGCACCGAGGUGUGCGGCUCACAAACUUGGGGCCAGGGAACUACUCGGCCCGUGUGCGGGCCACUUCGCUGGCAGGGAACGGCUCAUGGACGGAACCCAUAGCUUUCUAUGUGCCACAGCUUGAACGGUACGAAAACUUGCUGUAUUUAAUAAUCAUCCCCAUCGCUGUGAUCUUUCUGGCCUUCCUUGCUGCGACCCUGGCUCUGGUCAAUAAGAAAAGGAAAAGUGACAGACUGGGAAACGGAGUUCUGUAUGCCUCAGUCAACCCAGAGUAUUUCAGCGCUGCUGAAAUGUAUGUACCUGAUGAGUGGGAAGUGGCACGAGAGAAAAUCACCAUGUGCCGAGAACUGGGCCAGGGCUCCUUCGGUAUGGUGUACGAGGGCAUCGCUAAGGGUGUCGUCAAGGACGAGCCUGAAACCAGGGUGGCUAUCAAAACGGUCAACGAGUCGGCUAGCAUGCACGAGCGCAUCGAGUUUCUUAAUGAAGCAUCUGUCAUGAAGGAGUUUAACUGUCACCAUGUGGUGCGUCUGCUGGGUGUGGUCUCACAGGGACAGCCUACUCUAGUGAUCAUGGAGCUCAUGACACGGGGAGAUCUGAAGAGUUAUCUACGAACGCUACGAUCCAAAGAGAGCACAUCCAGCCUGCCUUUGCCACCGCUGAAGAAGAUGAUUCAGAUGGCUGGAGAGAUAGCAGAUGGCAUGGCAUACCUCAACGCUAACAAGUUUGUCCACCGAGACUUAGCAGCCAGGAACUGCAUGGUGGCUGAAGACUUCACAGUCAAAAUCGGAGAUUUUGGCAUGACGCGGGACAUUUACGAGACCGAUUACUACAGAAAGGGUGGGAAGGGACUUCUGCCUGUGCGCUGGAUGUCUCCAGAAUCCCUCAAAGACGGAGUCUUCACCACCAUGUCUGACGUGUGGUCAUUCGGGGUGGUGUUAUGGGAGAUUGCCACCUUGGCAGAGCAGCCCUAUCAGGGCAUGUCCAAUGAGCAGGUAUUGCGCUUCGUCAUGGACGGAGGCCUGCUGGACAAGCCUGACAACUGCCCAGAUAUGCUGUUCGAGCUGAUGCGCAUGUGCUGGCAGUACAACCCCAAGAUGCGGCCAUCCUUCUUGGAGAUUAUCAGCAGCAUCAAAGAUGACCUGGAGCCGCCCUUCAGGGAGGUCAGCUUCUUCUACAGCGAGGAGAACAAGCCUCCUGACACAGAGGAGCUGGACAUGGAGAAGGUGGGCACCAUGGAAAACGUUCCUCUGGAGCCUUCAACCAGCCUGCAGCCGCUUACUUCUGCUUCAGCCUCGCCCCCGCAGGGCAUCCAGGCCCAGGGCUCGGCCGUCCCAGGACCUUCUUCACCCCCUCCUUCGUCCCCAGGCUCCUCGGGGCUGGACAAACGCACGGGCUCCAGCUCGGGGUCAGUUUCCUCGGCCAAUGGGCCAGCCGUGGUGCUGCGGAGCCCGUUUGACGAGAACCAGCGUUACGCGCACAUGAACGGCGGCCGGAAAAACGAGCGUGCCUUGCCCUUGCCCCAGUCAUCAGCGUGCUGAUCCACACCCUCCCCCCUCAUUUCACCCCUCAGAUCUCUUUCCUAGAUCACAUUGAGCCUCUCUCUUUUUGCCUGGAGCACCCCUUGCCCCACAAGGUCUGUCCAAUCACAUCGUCCCUUCUGGAACGGAAAUGGACAGAAAAGAAAGUAGGCGGGGCAUAAUGGUUUAAAAAACAUGGUGAAAGGUGUCCAGGCUGUACCUUCGAUCAUACCUCAAUGGACGCUGUUUUUGAGGUUUUUUUUUGUUUUUUUGUUUUUUUGUUUUUUGGUUUGUUUUUCGGUUUGUUUUUCUUUAUGUAUUUCUGACCUGCAUUGAUUCAUAGGCAGGUGGCGCAAACCUCCAGAAGUACGGAGAAGUGCUGUAGAAGUACAGAGAAACAGAACUCUGACUGAAAAGGAAAAGAGAAAAAGAAAAUAAUAACUUCCAAGGAGUUUCCAACUCCCUCCUGAGAGCUGGACUGCUUUUAUACUGUUUUUUGUUACUUUUAUAAAUUUCCAAAUAGGGAAAAAAAGGAGUUUAGAAGCCUAAAUGAAAUCAGUCAUUGGUAAGGUGGCAUUAUUGUACCGCAAAAUGGAGCAUAUCUUUAAGCAAAUCCAAGAGAGAAGCACUUGGGGUUGGGGAGGAUGCUCAUGUCUUUGUUUUUGGUCUGUGUGUCCAAAGACAUGCUGUACAGUCAGUGGUGGCACUGAAGAGAGAGUGCCAGAGGGGUUUUUUCUUGAGUAUGUGCUCUUAUGUCACUGUAUCCCCCACCUCAGAGCAGUACAGGGGGGUUUUCAGUGGCCCCUUAUAACUGUGGCUUUAAGCCAGGGCCCGCUGAGGUAGAGCUGGGCAACGGUAGUCAAAACCCCUCACUGUUGGAGUUAUCCUACCGGAAAUUCAAAUUGGUAGAGCAGAAAGUCUCAAACCUGCCAUUUCUUUUUCUUUUUUUUUUUUUGGCCAAAAGAUACACUCUUUCGCUCUCUCAGUCUCUGUUCUCGGCCCUUUUGUGUUCUUCAGAGAGCAUGAAAGCAAAUGCAACACUCCACAUUUUUCAUUUUUUUUACACUGGUGUACAAAUAUAUAUAUAUAUAUCUAUAUAUAAUUUUUUCCAGCUCUUCUUGUGCUUAACAGUUGUGAUCAGUAGAGAGGUAUUUCAGCAUUUCACCGAAUUUGCCUCCUCUUUAUUUUCUUGACCAGAUGUCUGUCUGUCUCUGUCUGUUUGUCUUUUACAUUCGAUUCUACUGCAGAACUUCCAUUGGGUGAGCUAGCCGCAUUCGGUCAGAAACGAGAUGCAAAAAUGAGAAGGAGCACCUAGGAAGAUUAAAAAAGAUGACAAAUGCAACGACCACAAAGCAAGAAAACUCCAGAAGAGAUUAGCAUUGACAAAAAAAAAAGUUGAAUUGAAGGUUUAUUCGUAUGUUCUCAGUCGUAAAGUUGAGGCAUUGUGGAGAGCAGGUAUUUUUGUAGUCCCGUCACAUUUCCCCUACCGUAAUUCAGACAUCUCUCUAUUGGUCUUUCAGUUGUAUGUCGGACCACGGAGCGUACACAUCAUUUUGUUUGUGUCACUUUUGUACCUUUUUUACAGUUCAGAUGAACAUCUGUAUGUCUGUACUGAAAGAAGCUGCUAUUUUAUUCUCAUUUUCUUUUGUGGUUGUAAUAUAUAUCUAUAUGUAAAAGAGAUCCUUCGGGUUGAAUCCUUUACUGUGUCCACUACAGUCCAUUUUCUUAUGCUUGUACUUUUGCAGAAAAAAAAAGAAAAAAACUAUAUACUAUUUAUAAUUUGUGCCCCUAAGUGAAAAGUUUUUACCCCCAUCUUCUCUUCCCUUGUCUUUAUCUCAACCCAGUAUUGAGUGUUUUUUCUGAAAUUAGAGCUUUUUCCUGUCACUUGGUUACAAAUUGACAUUCGUCAUUAAGUUCAUGGUGGCACCAUCUGAACUCUUAGACGCCUGGUCAGCAGUCAAGCACUGUGUCUUACAUAACAUCAACCAGAAUCUCAGGUCAAAUUCAAAGUUGCAGACUCAUUUCCAUCGUUCCCCCCUCAGUUACUUCUGCCUUCAUCUCAUUUGCAAAGGCAUCUUAUCAUAACAUUUGUUUUGCUAUAUUUUUACCGGUUUAUUCCCAUUGCAUCUUAUCAUUAGUUCCUAAACCGGUUCUCACGGCCCCCCAGACGGUCUAUGUUUUACCUAUAUGCAUAUGUGUAAGGAUUUUGGAUAGAGCAAAAGUGUGGACCCUCUGGUGUCCCCUUGAGGACUGAUUUGAGAACCACUAGUAGACUACUAUGUAGACCCCUGAAGUUAUGAAUUAUUUUGUGGGUCACAACAUGCCCAAAUAAGGAGCUCUGGGUCUGAGCUGUUUUUCUCUGUGGGAAAAUUUUAAUUGCAUUUUCAAAAAUCUCUGUGUAAACAAAAACAUCCUGUGUCAGUUUUUCCCAUGACCAUCACUGAAUCCUCAUUAAGGGGUCUAAUAUGAAUAUUGCUAGUUCAAGCUAAUACUCCUAAGCAUUGAAAUGACGUUGCAUGAAAGACUACUACUAUAUAGGGAUGCUCAGGUUUUAAUUUUUAUGGUGGAUUCCAAUAAUUUUACAGCCAAAUUGGCCAAUUUUUCUGUUUUUUUUUUUUAAACACUUAAAACACACUAGCAAAUUUCCAGCACUUCCUUAGAUUAGCAAUUUAUCCCAGUAUAAAUAACAUUUUUUGCGCUUUUUUGAGACAGACUGUUUUUUUUUUUAAAUCUUAAAUGAAAAAUCAGUUGUCUAAACAACAUGAAACAUCAAAUUGAGAGGGAACUGGCUACUUAGAACAUUAAGUCUUCCAUAAUUAUGCUGUGAUAUUUUGGUACAGGUCUAUCAGCAGCUUUCAAAUACAGUUUGAGUGCACCUACCCAGCUCACAUCAUUUACAUAAUGAAAAUACAACACUGAUUGGCUGAAAUAAAAAUAAUAAAAUGGCAGAUUGCCAAAUGCAUGCUGGGAGCAAAAAUUGCCCAAAUCCGUUCUUUGUGUGUCCCUGCUACUGUACUUCUAUAACAGCGUCUGCUAAGUACUGCUAGAGCUUGUUGAGUGCCACAUUUGACACAGCUUCUUGGUUCGUGGGGGUAUUUUGGUAAGCUUACACGUAGCAAUAUUCAUAUUUCACGUACUUAAAGCUUUGGGGGAAAAGAUUUGGGGUUUGGAGACCUCAUUGGUAGAAAUGUUUAAUUGCGCACAGAACAUUUUGUAACAUGGGUCAUGUUUUGGACCCCUUCCCCGAGAGGAUGAAUCUGAUGGGUGUGAACGUGUGGAAAGAGAAUUCAAAGAGAACUUGGUCAAAAUUUGGUGAAAGACAUGUCUUCCAACAAUGUGAGAGAAUGAUCUACUAUUGUCAUCAUAUCUUCAUCAGUAUAACGUUGAUUUUGUAUUUGAGACCCAAACAUCUUUCUGAGCCUUUGUGUGCAACAUUUAAUGCGGAAAAUUAAAUGUUAUCCGAAAACCCCCACUAAAUACGACCUGACACCUCGGGCUUUUACAUGUCUAUUUCAGGCUUUACAGAUAUUGUGGGUUUUUGUGUGUUUUUUUCGCUUUAGAAGCUCUUUUGUUUACCGCAGGUUGUGAUCAGGUGAUUUUUGAAAAUGCUGUUUCAUUUUUCCCCAUAGAGAGAAAUGGUGUAGACCUGGAGUUCCUUUUAUGGGCAUGUAUUUGACUGCAACACUUUCCCAGAGAUGUGUAGACCUUAUACUUCAUUGCCACCAUGUUUAUCUAAACUCAGUUGCCCACCUGCUAGCAUUGAAAAGGAUAUGAUUUUGCAUCUCUAUGCAGAUCUAGUGUUAACAUGAAAUGUUACAAAUAUACAUUAGAGAGGUCACUUUCAUACAUUUCACAGUCAAUCAAAGGUCAAUCAACUAGCGCCAGUUAUGUAUGUUUUGUUUGUUUUGAAGGAUUUCUUUCAUAGCCUAAUUCACUUCCUCUUUCCCUCUCCUCCCUUUUUAUUUUCAUUAUUUAUUUUGAUUUUUUCGUGAUAUGUUGAAAAUCACUGUACAAAUCCCCUUUUGAUUAAGUGUUACAUUUGAGAUAUUUUUAUAUAUUUUUUUCAUGACUUUGGGACUUUUUUUUCAUUUCUCCUUCAAGCAUUUAUCUACCUCACCCUUUUUUAUGAAUAUAUAUGUACCUGUAUAUAAAGAAAAUUCAUCUGAUUCCUCCCCAACACCCACCCCAACCCCCCACACGCACCGAAAAAUGGACAAUGUUACUGCUCUGUGUAUCUGGGUAAACCUCAAACACUACAAAACCACAAACCUAGCAGUGGAGAAGUGCUGGCAUUGUGGACGUUUGUACAAACUGGCUGCUUUUCUUAUUUCCCUAUAAGAAUCUCCAAUUUGUUCAUUAUUUAUUUGAGAGAUUAAACCGUGAAAGGACAGGCCUUAUGAGUUAGCUUCAAAUGUGCUGGAACUUUUGCUGACAAUUAAUUUAUUCUUCUUUUGUCUCGCUAAGACGGGGGGGGGAGCAAUCGGUACACAAACCUAAACAGUCAAAUCGGGACGUGCUGAGUUACAGUUGGAGUGAUAUGGUCCUUUCUUCAUGUUUUAUUCUCCUCCCCUGGUGUUCGAUCAUCUGGUUAGUAGUCUUUUCUCUCAAGCUUUAUUUUCAUUGUACUUUUUUUUUUCCACUAUGAUGUUUUUUGGAAUCCAAACACAAAUCGAAAUGAAAACACUUCUGCUGCAAAUCGCAACGAACGCUGUUGACUGUAUAUUGUUGGCCUAUGAUCCGGUGCUGUUUGUCAGGUGUAUCGAAUGUAUGUUCUGGUGAGAUUUCAUUGAUUUUUUUUCUGGGCCUUGGAAAGCUGAACCACUUUCAGAAUCAAUCUUGAUGGAGUUUGCAGUUACAUUGGAUGGACUGUUCACUUUAACUGUAAUUAAAAGAAAACGUUCCCUUGUUCUUUUACAUGAUGCAGCCAACAGUCAGUACGGAUAGGGUUUGUUUGAAAACGGGUUUGAUGACGGGUGGUCUGGGUAGCUUUUUUUUUUUAGUCGUCAUCAUCAUCACCCUCUCUUUCUACAAUCGCUGCUUAUAACGGCACAAUGUGUGUCAAUCUGAGCAAUUUCAGGACUGCUGAUGAAACAGGUAGCUGAAGAGGACGGAGUGAUCAAAAAUGCCAACUUUCUUCUUUUUUCGUCCUUCAGCGUUUUUAAAUCUGGUCUCUACCUGCCGCAUCUGUAGCAUAUCGUUGAUUGUCGUGGGUGAUACUUUUAGCACACCUAGAACUGAAAAGUCUAACAAGGAGAUUGCAAGUUCGCCCCCCAGCGUUGCCACAGCCAUCCGUUUGCCAGGAGUCCAAGAGAACGUUACAUUAUGCUCACAGUUAAGGUUCUUCACGCUUACACAAACCAUUUACAGAAGAGAUUCUUUAUAGAGCUAAAAUGACUCUUCUGUGGAAUUGCUCACCUUUUUUAAUGAGUGUAAAUUAGGGUGAAAAUUUGGCCAAAAACAAACAGAAAAACUGUUGAGAAACACGCUUAUAGUAGAAGCCGACGGGCUCGUGGUAAAGCCAUGGAGAUAUUGUAGAGAAUAAUUUUGUUGCAUUGCCUGAAUUCAGAAAGAAAAAAGACUAUUGACUCAACUCACUUAUACUAGACAUCAUUGGGCAGUUCUGUGAAUUAACUGUAUGAAAUACAUGACUAAAUUUGAUUUUGAGGCAAACUAGUCCGACCUCUGAACGAGCAAGUUAUACAGAAUUACAAAUACAUAUAUGGAAUAUACAUAUAUAUAUACAAUAAAUAAAUGGAAAUUGUGCACUAAAAUCAGCAGAAAAAUGCCAUAUUUAAGUGUGUUCACUGUAGAGGAUGUGUCAACUUGUUUUCACUUGGAAAAUCCACAAAACAUAACAAGGCGUGUUCAAACUUUUGGCAUAUGACCGUACAUUUCAAUGUUUUACAUUGGCCCACUGGCUUCUGUUUUGGCUGAGUUUGCAGUGGUUUUGAGUUUGGGUAAACUCUUGUCUGUGGUAGUCGGUCAUACGCUGCAGAUGCUGAAGAUGGAGAUUUGGUGGGAAAAUGUUGGAAUAUUCCCAUAAAUUUCGAGUUUUAAGCAGAUACAGUACUUUUGCUUAGUGCUUCAAGAACAAACCUGGUCCUGAUGAUCCUGGUUCUCCUCACUCAGAACUUCAGUAAUUCUGUCUCUACUCAAACAUACCCACUCUCUCUCUUUUUUCGUCUUUCUCUCUCUUUAAUCUGCAAUACCAUUCCAAGUGAUGGCGUCCGAAUCCGUGGCCCCAUCCACUAUGGGCUAGAUGUACUCAGGGCUGAAGGUUGGGGGGCAUCCCGGAACAGGAGGGGCCUUGAGCGGCCCAAGAGCCUUCUCUGCUCUGCUGCUGAUGAUAUUGCUGCUUCCGAUCAUUUUUAUGUAAUGCAUUUCCGAAUUCUUGGACACUUACGGCGUACUCCACGAGUACAUGACGACCGACAAGAGAGGGUAGAUGACGUUGAUGGGAAACGAUGGCUUAAUCUAGAUCUCUUAAAAAACAAAAAAAUAAUUUAAAAAAAAAAAACAACUUUUAUACACUUUAUUCCA